CCAGUGUACCGGGUUCUCUCUGUGAGUUUCUCCCCGUUCUCGUCCUUCUGCAGCCCAGCUCACCUGUUUGCCUCACCUCUUCCAAGUCGUCAUUGACCGAGGCUACCUCCAGAGGCUGGGCUAUUCCUCCUGGGACAUCCACAUGAACGACGAGCUGUGUCGCCCCCAAGUCACAGGGCGCUACCUGAUCUUCAGCAUUCCCUAUGGCCGCUGUGGCACCGUCCGACAGGAAAGCCUCGGCUCCCUCAGCUACUCCAACUCCAUCAGAGGACGAAGACGGGGCCACCCUGGCCGAGUCAUCGUGCGGCACAAGGUGCCUCAGCUGAAGUUCACCUGCAGGGUGGACGGCCCGCCCGUGGUUGACGUCAUCCCUGGGGCCGAUGUCCUGAGGGAGGGUGCCGGCUACGACGUGUCCAUAUCGUUCCUCGAGUUGCCCGUGGCCCAGCACAUGGGGAGCAUGGGGCCUCACCACGCCAGCCGGGGGAAAGAGGUCGUCCUCCAGGCCACGCUCCGUAGCCCUGAUCCCAGGCUGAGGCUCUUCGUGGAUACCUGUGUGGCUUCUCCGGAUCCCGGUGACUUCACAACUGUCAAGCAUGAUUUGAUCCGGCAAGGGUGCAUCAAAGACAAUACUUAUGUCAACCUCCACUCCCACCAGAAGAACACAGCCCAGUUCAAGGUCAAUGUCUUCGGCUUUCUCACCAGCUACGAUGUGAUCUACCUGCAGUGUAAGGUCGCCGUGUGCAAGGCGGAGGACCACUCCUCCCGCUGCUCCCAGGGCUGUGCAGGGAGGAGUAAGAGGGAGGCAGGCCCCACGGAGGCCACAGAAGAGCAGAUGGGGCAUUUCCAAAUGGUGGGACCACUGGAGAUCCACAAAGGAACUGAUCAGAGAAAGACCCUUGCCUGAGCCCUCCCAAGUUUCACAUAGAUCUCUUAGAAAUAGAAGCGAAUUCUCUUUCUGCUCAACAGAGUAGUAAGUCUGACUCAUCUGAGGCGGCCCACGGAGAGACAAGUAAAAGGAAUAGCUCAAGAGGUUCUCUCUGAGGUUUGUUCGUAAAUUAACCUUCUCUGCUGACUCAGUGUCUGAAGCAAUCGCUGUCUUCACAGCUAGGAGUGUCGCAUUUCCUAACUCUUCACUAUUAAGAAUUGAUCAUUGUUUUAAAUUGUACAAAAUGUUAUGACAAUUGAUUAUCUCUUGAUACCACAUUGCCAACUUUUCUUUUUUUUAACUGACUCACUCGUUAAUGUUCAGCUGCU